UUCUAGUAUUGGAUUGUCAAAUAGAAAAGAAAUGAAAAAAUUUUCUCCAACUAGGAUUUGAGCAAAUUAGCACAAAAUUUGAUAAAAACCGUGUAGAAAUUAUAUAAAAUAGUGAAAGUAUUAAAUAAAGUUGCAAUGAUGAAUUUAUCAUAAAAAAUAAAAGCAAUACAACAGCCAGUGAAGUAAAGUGAAAUUUUUGCAAAACCUGGCAGUGGGCAGAGUGCAAUAAAACGAUAGGUAAAAAAGAAGGCAAAUAGCAGUCAGUAGUGCAGUGGCGAGCAGCAGUCAAAAAGGCAAAACAGGUACAAGGCAAGCAAGCAGUGAAAAAAGGGAGAUAGUGCAAGAAAAAAGUGGUUGAGUAGCGAACUAGAGAGGAAUAUAUGGAUAAAAAAAGAAAAGAGGAAUAUCAAUAAAGCAGUGCAGAAAAAAACGAAACAUCGCUAAACACGAAAAAAAUCAAAAUUACGCAGGCAAAGUAAAAUUUGAGCCAAACAAAUUCAUACACCACCGAAAAUAAACUUUUCAGAGGAGCAUAAGCAAAAACAGUUCUGUAAGUAAAAGAAAAAAAAAAAUGUCUUCGAAUAAUCAAUCAGCCGCUACGCAGGGUGUGAGCACCAAUCCAAAUUCCGCAACUUCAUCUGCCAGUGGGGCAACUAGUGCAGUGCCGGAUCAACGAAAUGCUCCAACAGACAAUCAAUCCGCUUCAGGCGCUAGUAGUGGUACAACAACCGCUGGUGAGCAGGCAGAUAGUCCAACACGCGUUGCGAAAACACCUGCUGUUAAUACAAAAGAACGUAUAAUUGAUAAUGUUCCAUUUCCACCCAGCCAUAAGCUAACCAUGGCAGAGGUGUUUGAUAUGCGUACUGGAAAACCCAAUCAUGACAUAUUAAAACAACAUUUCAUACUUGAAGGUCGUAUAGAGGAGGCACCUGCAUUACGAAUAAUUCAAGAGGGUGCUGCUUUGCUGCGCCAAGAAAAAACUAUGAUAGACAUUGAGGCGCCAGUGACCGUAUGUGGAGAUAUACACGGUCAAUUUUAUGACCUUAUGAAAUUAUUUGAAGUUGGCGGUUCACCAGCCUCCACUAAAUACCUCUUCCUUGGAGAUUAUGUGGAUCGAGGCUACUUUAGUAUUGAAUGUGUUUUGUAUUUGUGGUCAUUGAAAAUCACGUAUCCAAAUACAUUAUUCUUACUGCGUGGCAAUCACGAAUGCCGUCACUUAACAGAGUACUUCACUUUCAAACAGGAAUGUAAGAUUAAAUAUUCAGAGCGUGUAUACGAUGCCUGCAUGGACGCUUUCGAUUGUUUACCUCUCGCGGCACUAAUGAAUCAACAAUUUCUGUGUGUCCAUGGUGGAUUGUCACCCGAAAUUCAUGAGUUGGAGGAUAUUCGACGUUUAGAUAGAUUUAAAGAGCCGCCAGCAUUCGGUCCAAUGUGUGAUUUAUUAUGGUCAGAUCCUUUAGAAGAUUUUGGUAAUGAGAAAAACUCAGACUUUUAUUCGCACAACUCAGUACGGGGCUGUUCAUAUUUCUACAGUUAUGCAGCUUGCUGUGACUUCUUGCAAAACAACAAUUUAUUAUCGAUAAUACGUGCGCACGAGGCGCAGGACGCCGGCUAUCGCAUGUAUCGCAAAAGUCAAACAACUGGAUUCCCAUCGCUAAUAACCAUCUUCUCAGCACCAAAUUACUUAGAUGUUUACAACAAUAAGGCGGCAGUAUUGAAGUAUGAAAAUAAUGUAAUGAACAUUAGACAGUUCAACUGUUCUCCACAUCCUUACUGGCUUCCCAACUUUAUGGACGUAUUCACAUGGUCAUUGCCCUUCGUAGGUGAGAAAGUCACUGAGAUGCUGGUGAAUGUAUUGAACAUUUGCUCGGAUGAUGAACUCAUGACCGAAGAGAGUGAAGAACCUCUCUCUGAUGAUGAGGCGGCGUUACGUAAAGAAGUUAUACGCAAUAAGAUACGUGCGAUCGGUAAAAUGGCACGUGUAUUCAGUGAAUCUGUAUUGCAAUUAAAGGGACUCACACCCACCGGUGCAUUACCAUUGGGUGCACUCUCCGGUGGCAAACAGUCACUAAAGAAUGCGAUGCAAGGCUUCUCGCCAAAUCACAAAAUCACUUCGUUCGCCGAAGCCAAGGGUCUGGAUGCUGUCAAUGAGCGUAUGCCACCGCGAAGAGACCAACCGCCAACACCCAGUGAAGAGCAUAUAAAUAGUCAAGGUGGUACAACUGCGCAUAAUGGGUAAUUAGUCUAAGGUGCAUGUGUAAGUAAUAAACAAUUCAUAAUGCAAUAGCGAAUGAGCCAUGUUAGACGGCAUAAGUAGAGGAAUGCAUGAAACUUUGAAAAUUCAAUUCGUUCAAAUGUGAAAUGCACUUAAAUUAUGUAACAUGUUAAAAUACCAUUUAUUAAUUCAUUCAAGUUUAAAGUUAAUAAUGAAUAAAUGAUAAUAUAUAAAAUAAUUUAAGAAGAUAAACCAUCAUUUAAGCCCAGCACUUACAACGGCAACUUUCAAAUUUUGAUUGUUGUAUCCUAAUAAUAUUGUGAAAAUCAAAUUACAAAUAAAUAUGCCAGUCAUUACUGAAUUUUUUUUAUAAUACAACUAUAUUAAGUUAAGACCUACAUAAUAAUGUACUCAUACUACAUUUAUGUGCAAUUUUGAAAAAAUAUAAAAAAAUAAGGAUUCUAUUAUA